UAUACUGCCUCAGUUUAACACGGGUGGACAAGCGGACGGAGUCGGACUGCGCACUAUGCGAUCCUAGAAAGCUUAUUCUACACGGUUACAAACGAUUCUGAUGAUCUCAAAAACGAUACGAGCAAACUAGAGAAGCCAUUAUUAUUGCUAGGACAGAACUGAUGUUUUCAGGAGAAUUUCGGCUGCCCCUGACAGAACCCACACUGGGCCGGGAACACGCUUUGCGAACGGACUGCAGUUCGGUGUCCAGCAGGUGAAUGGCGAGGUGCUCGUUCACGUGUGACGGAUCCUCUGUCUGCUGGCCGUCUUAACGUGAUUAGCGUGCUGUUUUUAAGAUCUGUGCCGAUCUGCUUCUCCACUUGAAUUCAGAGAAGAGACCACUCAGUGCGUCACUGGACCAUGAAGCAUCACCUUCAGUUGUUGAGAUGUUUUUGGCGAACUCUCUUCACUCUUAUUCUUUUUGAAGGCACAUCCUUCGUGAUGUUUAGAGGGUCUCUAGCUCUGACCCUAAACAGAGAUGACAGCAGUUUAACACUGCAGCAGGACGCACGGAUAACUCACUCCUCUCACAGUGUCACAAGUCAGAGAGAGCUAAAGCCUCUAGUGAAGACAAGGCCAUUUGCUGUGGUGGAUGGAGUUAGGAGAAGCCUGAGUGAAGUUUUACAGAAUGGUCACCCUGACAGAUUGCAGUGUGGUUUACAAGUGGGAAGCAGCUUGUAUAUCCUAGACCUGGAAAAAAACCAAGAUCUUUUGCCAAAGCCGCCUAAUGUGUUCUACUAUUUGCCAAAUGGAACUGGGGUAUCCAUGAAGGAGAACCUAGUGACACAUUGUUACUAUCACGGUUCAGUGCAAGGUUUCCCUCAGUCCCGCGUGGCUCUCAGCUCCUGCUCUGGGUUACGGGGAUUAAUAGUCAUUAACGCCACACUGAGCUUUGAGCUAUAUCCUGAGGAAGAAGAGCAUGGAAAAGAUGAGGAAGGGAGUGGAGAAAUGGAAAGAUGGCUACACAUGAUCUACCCGACAAACUUGCAAACAUUUGAGUCUAGAGACUGUGGAGUGUCACACACCUCUAUUCCUCCCAUUCAGAUCAUCCCCCACACACACAGGAGUAAGAGAGACAUUCUUUCAGAGACCAAAUAUAUUGAGCUGGUGCUGGUGGCGGAUCAUAAGGAGUAUAUGAAUUAUCAGAAGAAUAAUAAAACCAUGAUUUACCGCAUGUUGGAUGUGGCAAACCAAGUAGACUGGUUCUACAGGCCGCUGAAUGUACGUGUGGCUCUGGUGGGUUUGGAGAUCUGGAGUGACCAGGACAAGAUUCAAGUGGAUAAAAGUCCCACUGAAACCCUGAACCGCUUCCUGGAUUGGAGGACCAAGGAUCUACUUCCACGACUGAGGCAUGACAACGCACAGCUGAUCAUGGGUGAGCCAUUUGAUGGGACGACAGUCGGCAUGGCGUCUCAGUCCUCGAUGUGCUCAAAGGAUCGGUCAGGAGGAGUGAAUGUGGAUCACCUUGUGAGUGUGUUAGGUGUGGCAUCAACGGUGGCUCAUGAGUUGGGUCACAACCUGGGAAUGAGUCACGACACGGCCGACAGGCGCUGCCAGUGCCAGAACGAGCCUCGGCUUGGGGGCUGCAUCAUGGAGCCCUCCACUGGGUUUAUGCCCGGUCAGCUCUUUAGCAGCUGCAGCGAACGGGAUCUCUCUCUCAGUCUACUGCACGGUGGCGGUAUGUGUCUGUUUAAUGUGCCUCAGCCAGAGAGCCUUCUGGGAGGUCCACGCUGCGGGAACCUGUAUGUGGAGAAAGGAGAGGAGUGUGACUGCGGCCUGCUGGAUGAAUGUAAUGAUCCUUGCUGCAAUGCCAGCACGUGUAAACUGGUUCCUGGGGCCCAGUGCUCUUCUGAUGGCAUCUGCUGUGAGAACUGCAAGUUGCGUGUGGCCGGGUCGGUGUGUCGAGAGCCGUUGGGAGAGUGUGAUUUACCAGAGUACUGCACCGGCACUUCCCCCUACUGUCCUCCCAAUGUGUUUCUUCAGAAUGGAGAGUCAUGCAAGGACGGUUCCUCCUACUGCUACAGCGGCGUGUGUGCCAGCCUAGACGACCAGUGCCAAAUGCUUUGGGGACCGAACUCCACCCACGCUCCACCUAUCUGCUUCUCAUCUGUGAAUAAGCAGGGCAAUAAGUACGGAAACUGUGGCCAGAUGCCCAACGGAUCCUAUAUCCCCUGUUUGAAAGGGGAUGUGCACUGUGGUAGGAUCCAGUGUCAGGGUGGAAGUGAACGUCCCCUGUUGGGCUCCAACGCUGAGAUUCUGACCACAACGGUCAUAUUGAACCAGAGUGAUUUUACCUGCCGGGGGACCUAUUUUAAUCUGGGUGAUGAUGUUUCUGACCCAGCCAUGGUGUCCCAGGGGACGGCCUGUGGGCCCAACAAGGCAUGUGUGGACCAACGAUGCAGGGACGUGUCCAUGUUUGGUGUUGAAGAAUGUCGAAGGAACUGCAAUGGUCACGGGGUGUGUAACAGUAAUAAGAAUUGUCACUGUGCUGAGGGCUGGGCUCCUCCUGACUGCAGAUAUUCUGGAACCGGAGGCAGUGUGGACAGCGGCCCUGCUCGAGAACCCAGAGAUUCAGAUCCUGCGCGGGUGGCUCUUUUGGUCAUUUUCCUGUUUGUGUUGCCGGUCUCACUGCUGUUUGUCGCACUCCGCUUCCCCCGCUGUCGACGAGGCCUUGUUUACCUCGGCCACACCCCCUUCAGCAAGACCCGACAGAGCCGAACUCCUGCCAUGGAGUUAGCUAAUGCUCGAAAUGGAGAUCAGGUGCAACCGCUCAGGUACCAGUGGCCCCUCCAGAGCGACAUCCCUCUCACCCAGGCUAUCAGUAAGGUCCAGCACAGACCUGCUCCUCCAACUAAACCUCUUCCACCUGAUCCUGUCUCUAAACCCGCUCAGUUGGCAGGGCAUUGGCCUGCCCCUCCCACCAAACCCCUCCCUCCUGACCCUGCCCCCUCAGAGAGCAAGAUGCAGUGCAAGCCCACAGGAACUCGACCGGCUGCACCAAGCAAGCCCCUCCCUCCUGACCCUGUCCUCUCUACCCGACAGAACCCUGUUCCUCCCAAACCUCCGGUUCCCAAGAAACCACUGCCUGUGGAUCCUUCACCCCACCCACCUCCAUCCCCACGGCUGGGACAUUCAGAAUCGGCUGCUGCUCCUGCCAGACCUGCUCCUCAUCCACCUUUACGGAGACAGCAGUAUCGUGGGAAACCCCAUGCUCCUCACCCAGUAUAGUCAGGAAGGAAACACUGGGCUGGCUGCAAAUUUCUGGACUGCAGUUCUGAACUUUUUUUCUCAGUAUUUUGUC